AGAUUAAACCUUUUUUUUUCCCGGACUCGCACCGGACUUGCCGUCCGCCGCCAUUGCGCGUCUCCGCCCAAACCCAAAUGUUCGCCGACGGCGAGCGACACUGAGACCGAGUCGACAUGGCUCUCCUCCUCCCGGGGUGGAUGGCCACCACGGCGUGCUCGCCGCCGUCAGGUGGUUCCUUCCCCGACCUGCUCGCCUUCCUCUUCCUCUCGCCCUGCCCGCAGCGCGCGCUCCUCGGCGCCGUCGACCUCGUCUUCGUCGUCGCGUCCCUCGUCGUCCUCGCCCUUCCCCGCGGCGGCGGUGGCGGCGCUGGGGAUGGUCCCGAACGGGAGGCGCUUCUGCCGAAGCCUCGGGCGUCGGGAAGGCCUUUCCGGGUCGCGGUCGCGCUCGGGGCGUCGGGGGUGUUCGCGGCGGCGUCGGCCAUCCUCCUCGCGCUCGCGUUGUUCCUCCUGCCGAACACGGUAUGGAGGGUUUGGGAAUCCGCCUUCCUCGCCGUCCACUUCGUCGCGCACGCCGUGGCGGCGUGGACCAUCGCGUCGCGGAGGGGAGCGGCCGGUGGCGCCCUCCCUCUGCAGCUCCGCGUGUUUUGGGUCGUGACGGCCCUCGUCGGCGCGCUCUUCUCCGCUUCGGCCGCGGUCCGCUGGGCCGAGGAUUCGCUGCUUUUCCCCGACGACCCCCUCGCCUUCGCCGGCCUCGCCCUCUCGCUGCCUCUGGUGUAUGUAGCCAUCACCGCCUCAUCCGGCGAGGUCGCAGGUACGUGCGAACGCGAACCCGCUGACGUCACCACCGCGGCGGAGCCCUCUACGCCGUACGACGCGGCGUCGUGGCUGUCGCGCGCGACGUUCAGUUGGAUCAAUCCACUGGUCUCCAAGGGGUACGCCAGCGACUCGCUCGCCGCCGAAGACGUCCCGCCGGUGUCGCCGGCCCACCGCGCCGAGGCGUCGUACGCUCGGUUCGUGUCCAACUGGCCGGCGCAGGGGUCGCGCUACCCGGUGGGCGUCGCGCUGUGGCUGUCCUUCUGGCCGCGCGUCCUAUUGACGGCGGCGCUCGGCCUUGUGCGCCUCGCCGCCAUGUACGUUGGCCCGUCGCUCAUCAACCAUUUCGUCGACUUCAUCAGCCAUGGCGGCACGACGUGGGAGGGCCUCCGGCUUGUCGCCAUCCUCGUCGCCGGCAAGGCGGUGCAGACGCUGGCCUCGCACCACUACAACUUCCAGGGGCAGCUGCUGGGGAUGCGCAUCCGCGGCGCGCUGCUCACGGCGCUGUACCGCAAGUCGCUGCGUCUGUCCACCGGCGCGCGCCGCGCGCACGGCUCGGGCGCCAUCGUCAACUACAUGCAGGUGGACGCCGGGACGGUGUCCUACGCCAUGCACGGUCUCCACGGCCUUUGGCUGAUGCCGCUGCAGAUCGUGGUGGCGCUUGUCCUGCUGUACGCCUACCUCGGCCCCUCCGUGCUCAUGACGCUUGCCGUGAUCACCGCGGUCACCGUGAUCACCGCGUUCGCCAACAAGCUCAACUUGGCCUACCAGCUCAAGUUCCUCGGCGUCCGCGACAGCCGCAUCAAGGCCAUCACCGAGAUGCUGAACCACAUGCGUGUCAUCAAGCUGCAGGCCUGGGAGGAGAAAUUCGGUGGCAAGGUGCGAGAACUCAGGCAGACUGAGAUGGGGUGGUUGACCAAGAUUGUACUCUUCAUGUGCGCCAACAAUGUCGUGUUCUCCAGCGGCCCACUCGCCAUGACUGUGCUGGUCUUUGGGACCUACCUCGCCACCGGAGGAGAGCUAGAUGCCGGGAAGGUGUUCACGGCCACCGCGUUCUUCUCAAUGCUCGAGGGGCCUAUGCACAACUUCCCGCAGACGAUCGUGAUGUGUAUGCAAGCGUUUGUGUCACUUGGCAGGCUGAACAAGUUCCUGUCUGAUGCCGAGAUUGACAGCACGGCUGUGGAGCGCAUUGCUAGUAGCGCCGGUGAUGCAGCAGCGGUGAAAGUACAGAAUGGAGUGUUUGCUUGGGAUGUGCCAGUUGAAGGUGCAGAGGAUGCCCGGCAGGGCCAUGGUACGGAGAAUGGCCGAGAGGAGGGGCCAGAGAUGGAGAUGGUGCUGAAGGGGAUUGAGGUGGAGGUGAGGAAGGGUGAGCUAGCUGCGGUGGUUGGGACAGUGGGCUCUGGCAAGUCGUCACUGCUGUCCUGCAUUAUGGGAGAAAUGCACAAGGUUUCCGGCACGGUUAGCAUAUGUGGGAGCACAGCUUGUGUUGCUCAGACAGCUUGGAUCCAAAAUGGAACCAUUCAAGAGAACAUUUUAUUUGGACAACCAAUGCAUUCAGAGAGGUACAGGGAAGUCAUACAUGCUUGUUGCUUAGAGAAAGAUUUAGAAAUGAUGGAGUUUGGAGACAAGACUGAAAUAGGAGAGAGGGGGAUCAACCUCAGUGGUGGCCAGAAACAACGCAUCCAGCUUGCUAGGGCAGUUUAUCAAGAUUGUGAUAUAUAUCUGCUUGAUGAUAUCUUUAGUGCAGUUGAUGCUCAUACUGGUUCAGCUAUCUUCAAGGAAUGUCUGAAAGGUAUACUCAAGAAGAAGACAGUUUUGCUUGUGACUCACCAAGUGGAUUUCUUAAAGAAUGUGGAUACAGUAUUCGUAAUGAAAGAUGGGGUAGUCAUUCAGUCUGGGAGCUACAACCAGCUACUAACAUCAUGCUCAGAUUUUUCAGUUCUUGUUACUGCUCACCAUAGUUCAAUGGAGGUUCCAGGGGCAGCAGAGCAAAUGUCCCAUGAUCAGACCACUGAGUAUUCUCAGGACACCACCGUACCAGCAAAAUCUCCUGUCAAGUCCAAUUCUAGUAAUGAAAAUGGAGGUACCAGUGUUGCACCAAGCAAAGAAGCAGGUUCAUCUAAACUGAUCGAGGAAGAGGAAAAGGAGAGUGGCCGAGUAAGUUGGCAAGUGUACAAGCUAUACAUAACAGAAGCUUGGGGUUGGUGGGGAGUUCUGGUCAUUUUAGCUGUAUCAGUUCUGUCGGAAGGCUCCAGUAUGGCUAGUAACUACUGGCUCUCAUAUGAAACAUCUGGGGGCACAAUAUUUGACACUUCUGUUUUUCUUGGUGUUUACGUUUCGAUAGUUGCUGCUUCAAUUGUAUGUGAUGCGAUCAGUACUCUUUUCGUGACAUUCUUGGGGUUUAAGUCAGCCCAGGUCUUCUUUAACAAGAUGUUUGACAGCAUUCUACGGGCACCAAUGUCAUUUUUUGACACCACUCCUUCUGGGAGAAUACUAAGCCGGGCAUCAGCAGACCAAAUGAAAAUUGACACUGCCCUUGUAUUCUAUGUUGGUUUUGCUACAUCAAUGUGCAUUUCCGUGGUGAGCAGCAUUGCUGUUACCUGCCAGGUUGCAUGGCCGUCAGUCAUAGCAGUACUUCCACUAGUGCUUUUAAACAUUUGGUACCGGAAUCGUUACAUCGCAACAUCUCGAGAGUUAACUCGUCUUCAAGGAGUAACAAGGGCACCUGUUAUUGAUCACUUCUCAGAAACCUUUUUGGGUGCUCCAACUGUAAGGUGCUUUGGGAAGGAGGAUGAGUUUUACCAAAUAAACUUGGACAGAAUCAAUUCGAAUUUGCGCAUGUCUUUUCAUAAUUAUGGAGCUAAUGAGUGGCUGGGUUUUCGCCUGGAGUUGAUUGGCACACUUCUACUGUCUAUAACUGCUUUUCUUAUGAUCAGCUUGCCUAGCAAUUUCAUCAAGAAAGAGUUUGUCGGCAUGUCCCUUUCGUAUGGUCUAUCUCUCAAUUCACUGGUGUACUAUACAAUUUCAAUGACCUGUAUGAUAGAAAAUGACAUGGUCGCUGUGGAAAGGGUGAAUCAGUACAGUACUCUUCCUUCUGAGGCAGCAUGGGAAGUGGCAGAUUGUCUUCCCUCACCAAAUUGGCCUAGAAGAGGAGAUAUUGACGUUAAAGAUCUAAAGGUUAGGUAUCGAUCAAACACACCUCUAAUCUUGAAGGGCAUUACUAUUAGCAUUAACAGCGGAGAAAAGAUAGGAGUUGUGGGAAGGACUGGCAGCGGAAAGUCAACUUUAGUUCAGGCUUUGUUCAGGCUUGUGGAGCCUGUAGAAGGGCAUAUCAUCGUUGAUGGAGUAGAUAUUGGCACUUUGGGCCUUCAUGAUCUCAGGUCGCGCUUUGGUGUGAUUCCUCAAGAGCCUGUGCUCUUUGAAGGAACCAUAAGAAGCAACAUCGACCCAAUUGGGCGAUAUUCUGAGGACGAGAUAUGGCAGGCCCUUGAGCGUUGUCAACUAAAAGAUAUAGUAGCUACAAAACCAGAGAAACUUGAUGCACUAGUUGCCGACAUGGGGGAGAACUGGAGCGUAGGACAGAAGCAGCUCCUCUGCUUUGGUCGUGUUAUUCUGAAGCGCAGCCGGAUCCUGUUCAUGGAUGAGGCAACAGCUUCCGUUGAUUCUCAGACAGAUGCGACUAUCCAGAGGAUCAUCCGAGAAGAGUUCACUGAUUGCACUAUCAUCAGCAUUGCGCACCGCAUACCGACUGUCAUGGACAGUGAUAGAGUCCUAGUGUUGGAUGCAGGGUUAGUGAAGGAAUUUGAUGAGCCGUCCAAGUUGAUGGGGAGGCCAUCACUUUUUCGAGCAAUGGUUCAGGAGUAUGCAAAUCGCUCUUACAGCACAGAGGCACGCGAUUGAUGAUAGCCAAUUAAUUAAGAAUCACAAGAUUAGUCAUACAUACAAACAUACAAGACAUACCUGAAAAAACUAACUACACGAAAAAGGAUAAACUCUAGAUAUGAAACAUUUUUGUAAGUUUGAAGAGAUUAUGUGUUGUAUUUCCACGCUUUCCCUUGCUAUGUUUGUGUGUGCGUCGACGUUUUAGUAGUUACUUCACUAGUUACUCUUAGAUCAACACGAAAAGGUUGGAAUAGCGGUUGUUAUUGCUGGGUACAUAAACUCUUUGCACAUGAGCUAUUGAAGCUUCGAAGGAAAAACACUCGUUCUCUGACAUUCCAAUUUGGUUUUGUAACUUCAAUCUUCUGUUGUUUGGUUUUUA